AUGCUGCGGAGGUGGUGGCCAUUUUCGGGUACGAUGAAAUCUGUUCUCACCCAUUCUUCCCUUUUGGUGAAACCCACUACCCCUUUUGCUCUCUCUCUUCAAUCCCUUCGUAAAAAUCCAAUUCUCCAUAAUUACCAGAACAUUCGGGGUUGCUGCAGCCCAAUGAGUUCUUCUUCUUCUUCUUCCAUCUGGAAACCCUCGCCGGCUUUUGUUCCUUCCUCCCCUUACACGCCUCUGAUGCAAAACCCUAGUCCAGCUCAAACUCGGAGCUUCAGUUCCGAGGUUUCAUCUCAUUCCUCCUCCGGUGAAAUUCACGUCAUCGUGGGCCCAAUGUUCGCCGGAAAAACCACUACUCUUCUCAGGAGGAUCAAGAAUGAGAGCAGUAACGGAAGAAAAGUUGCCGUUAUAAAGUCCAGUAAGGAUUCACGGUAUGCGUUGGAUUCAAUUGUGACACAUGACGGAGAGAAAUUGCCAUGCUGGCCCCUGCCAGAUCUUUUGUCAUUCAGACAAAAGAUUGGUAUCGAGGCAUAUAAUCAGCUACAAGUUAUUGGUAUAGAUGAAGCCCAAUUCUUCGAGGACCUUUAUGAUUUCUGCCGUAGAGCUGCUGACCACGAUGGCAAGACUGUAAUUGUUGCCGGCUUGGAUGGUGACUAUUUGAGGAGAAGUUUUGGGUCGGUGCUGGAGAUAAUACCUCUUGCGGACACCGUGACUAAGCUCACCGCACGAUGUGAGCUGUGCAGUAAGAGAGCUUUCUUCACGUUGAGAAAGACACAGGAGACAGAGACGGAGCUGAUUGGGGGAGCCGAGGUAUACAUGCCGGUUUGUCGGAAACACUAUGUGAGUGGACAAGUUGUGAAAGAAGCUACAAAGAGUGUCCUGGAGGAAACCCAAACGGUUCAAGAAUGCAGGGGUGCUGUUUUGUAG